AGACUCCAGACCGGGAAUCGAACCCAGGACCUUCUUGCUGCAAGGCAACAGCUCUACCAACUGUGCCACUGAGCAGCCCUUGAUUAAAUUUCCUUUAAUCUUUAAUCAUCUCAUGUAUAAGAUGAGAAAGAUUCUAGAUGAAAAUAUUUUAAAGUUUUGUUGUUUUUGGUCUCUCAGAACUUUUUCAUUCCUGAAUGGGGAGCAAAAAAUAUUUGUGAUGCGCAAAAUUAAAAUUUUAUUAUUUCUGACUUAGAAAUUAUAAUUUUUUUUAUUAAUACAGGAAAGAAAGAAACCCGGAUUGAAAACAUUCUAGUUUCCAGUUAAGCAUAAAUAUAAUUUUAGCACUUUUACUGUUCGUGUUUUUCUUUUUAUGGGGAAUGCAUAUUAUUUUUUUCCUCUGUGAUGCAUCCUAUGCUUUAAUGAAAUAUCCCGUAGUCAUAUCCCGUACUGCUUUUUUUAAAUAUAAACCAAUGUGACGCUGAUGAGUUGAUUUCACUCAAUCUAAUUUGUCACGCAUUUAAUCACGAUUUUAACUAUCUAAAACUUCCUCUGCGUAAGCAGCAAAGCAAAGUUCAACGUGACGCGCAUGUCCUCACCCUAAUCGGUAGUGACGUCACUGUGCGUCGUAUUUCUAUUUUUACUCUACGAAAGCUUUGUUUAAACAGGGGUGCACCGGCAGUUUGAAACCACCCGGGAGGGAAAAUAGUGGGGUAUUAAAAAGUCUGAAAAGCUAAAGACAGAAUCCCUUUGCGCUCUUUUUAAGUUUGCCUCUCAUUAUGCGCAAUUGCUCACCAAGACAGACAUGAAAUGUGAUUCCAGCAGUGUGAUGCACUGGGCUGAAAUUACCGCAGCGCGUCAAGCAGAAAGCCCUUCAGUUCUGACCCCGUUGAUGGCAAAUGCACAUCCAGAUUCUCUCACAUGACCAGAACGAGCAACUGGUCAGAUAGUUAACGGGGCUGAAAAGACAGAGCGAUUUGCCGGAGACUUUUAUAUCUUGGAGACGGUAAGCAUGAUUGGGACUCCUGGCCGUCGUGACUUGUGGCAGUUUGCAUGAAGAUUGCGGAUGCGCUCUUUCCAAGUCUGGAUAUUCAGGCGGAGGCACCAUGGACGCAGCGGACGUAGUUGCUUCUUUGCUGAUUUUGGGGAUUAUCGUCGUGUCGCUGCUCUCCAACGUUGUAGUGCUGAUCUGUUUUCUGUACAACCCGGAGAUCCGCAAGCAGGUGCCCGCUCUCUUCAUCCUCAACUUGUCGUUCUGCAACCUGUUGCAGAGCGUGUCUAACAUGCCUCUAACUUUGGUCGGGCUCGUCACUUCGGGGCACCCCGGCGGCAGCGGCUUCUGUCAGAUCGUGGGUUUCCUCGACACUUUCCUCACCACGAACUCAAUGCUCAGCAUGGCAGCGCUCAGCAUCGAUAGGUGGGUGGCAGUGGUGUUCCCGCUGAGCUAUCACUCGCGAAUACGCCACAGGGAUGCGGUACUGGCGCUGGCGUACACCUGGAUACACUCGAUGUGCUUCUCCGCGGUGGCCACCUGCCGCUCCUGGCUCGGGUACAACCACCUUUACGCGUCGUGCACCCUCUGCAGCGUCCGGGCAAAGGCGGCUGGGAAACAGUUCAUUGUUUUCACAGUAGCUUUGCAUUGUCUCACAUUCCUCCUCACGCUGAUCGUGAUGUGCGUAACCUAUCUGAAAGUGCUAAAAGUUGCAAGGUCUCACUGCAAGCGCAUCGACGUGAUCACGAUGCAGACGUUGGUGCUGCUGGUGGAUAUUCACCCCAGUGUUCGCCAGAAAUGCCUGGAGGAGCAGAAGCGCAGGAGGCAGAGGGCCACCAAGAAGAUCAGUACAUUUAUCGGCACAUUUGUGGUCUGUUUCACACCUUACGUCAUUACAAGUAUUGUAGAGCUCUUCUCCCCAGGGCCCAUAAACCCUCACUGGGGAGUCUUCUCUAAAUGCCUGGCCUACAGCAAGGCAGCCAGUGACCCGUUUGUCUACUCACUGCUGCGUUACCAGUACAGGAAGACCUGCAGCCUGCUGGCCAAUAAAGCUCUCAAGAGGAGAUCUCUGAACUCCUCCACCUUCACGGUAGAAAACAAAGCUCGGACUACUGCAGCCAAUUCCAACCCAACGGUCAGUAUCCAACCACCAACUAACAAACCACUCAGCCAAUGAAGGCAAUCAUAUGUAGAGAUGUUUAUCAAACUCAAGACGGCUGAUUGAUCUCUUUGGAGCAUCAGAGCUCAAAACGUGUGCCUCUCAGUUGUUCGCCGGGGAACAAGGCUGGUAAUACUCUACAUCUAUUUUUAUAGACAAAAUAGGUUCAUGAAAACAUCUGAGGCAAACAUGUUGUGUCUCUUUAUAAUGCCUGACUCACUGAGCUGCGCAUUUGUUCCUGCACAAAGCAUAAUUCUUUCAAAAGUAGGUCACAAAAAAACCCACUCUUUUUUUUAAUCAUAGUCACAGUUGUCUUUUUUGUUGGUUGCCGGUUAGAAAACCUUGCAAGGUCUUACAUAGAUGUAUACACACAGACGCCCACACACGCACACCUUACAACCUCCAAUCUAUGGGCAAAAAUGCUUCAUUGUGUCAUUUUUAUUUUCACAAUCUCAAGAUUGUAGAAUACAAUACUACGUUGACUCAAUGUAAUGCCAUGAGGAAGUUCUUUUGCCCAUGUCUUAAUCACAGUGUGGAAUGUGUGCAUGUGGAUCAUUUGUGGAUGCAUGUAUAUGUAAAAACAUGCAUACAAAUUUCUGAUGUUUUAACACUGUCUGCAAUUUUAGCUCUGAAAACAAGUGUAGCUCUUUAACUUAUGCAUAGAUUAUUAUGGCAUUACUUUCCCAAUAACUUUGUAGCCUCUUUUUGAAUUUGCUUCAAGUGAAAAUAGUAUAAAGAAAGCAACACUUUCACUAAAGGACAAGGUGCCUUUUAUGGUAACUACAGGGUAUAAGACCCCCAUUGCUCUAAUAUUAGAGAGGAGUAUCUGCAGGAGUAUUUCCUUGUACCAUAGUGGCUCUUAUGUACUUAUGCAGUCUGAAAAUACACUGAUUAGUCCAUUGUUUGUAUAACUGUGUUAAAUUCAUUUUUACCUCAGUAACAAUUUAUUAUUAUUAUUAAUAUGUCGGAGAAUUAUGUCGGAGAAUUUGCUGUCCAUAGAAAGUACAGCAGUGGUAUUGUGCACUAAACUGAGGGUUUUUAUUGAAACCCCUGUAGAUUGUGACUGUAAAGUGUAACUUAUGAAGUGCCUUUUAGAUGAUGAAUUCUAGUUUAAUCAAAACACAACAGAUCAGAUCUUAUAAAUAUUUUCUCAGUAUUUUGUUGUUUGGUUGAAUACCGUAUUUUGUGAUGCAACCUCAUUGUUGAACUCAGAGCUCCUUCUACACUUGAUGAUUCUCCUGUUUAAUACUUGUGAAAAGCCUUUAAUGUAAUCUUUUGAUAAAUUAUCUUUAGUGUAGUCAAAACUUCUCAUAUUAUUAUUUUUUUGGAACAAUUUCACUGGUGUUUAAUUAUUAACCUCUUUUGUCAAUAUAUUGUACAACCUCUUUUUGCUAGUGGGAAAGCACUUAGUCUUCUAUUUUCAACUGUAUUUAUGCCUGGGGACUGAAGUUGCAGUGAAAUUCAUAUUCAAAUGCAAUUCAAAACUAUUUUAUUAAUCCCAAAGGCAAAUUAAAUAAGACCAUUUAUGUCUGGUAAGCAAUUUUUGUUUUGAUUUGGUCAGAAAUUUUGGAUAAGCCUGAUGCUGAAAGAUUUUAGCAUAAUGGUUUUUAGUUUCACUUAGCAAGGACAAAUAGUUUUUGUGGAAAAUAUCCUUAUUUUUUCAAAGAGAUUUAGAAUAAAUACACUUCAACAAGGUUCCUACUGCCGUUGGAAGAGAAACAGGACCACAGCAUGAUGGGUCCUUUGCCAUACUUCACAUUAAGUAUGUUGUGCUUUCCCACACUAUACUGCAAUAAUUCUAACAGUGAGCUUUUUUUCCCUUACCAUCCCUCUUCAAAGCGGGGAAAAAAAAUAUUUUCUUUUCCCCCUUUUUAGGAGUAGCUAAGAUAAAUAGGUCUCAGUGUCAUGUCAUAUGUAAGCAAUGAGCUAUUUUCAGUUUUCUGUUAAAAGUUGUCCAAUUUUUAUCUAAAAUGUCCUGGUAUUUUAAGCAGUUUGUGAUUCCUUGCAGUUUAUUAAGUUUCCCUCGCCUGUGAGGAGAGAAACCAGGCCUUAAAGAGUCUCAGUAGGGUGCUUUUCUACACUUUGCUGCAAUUAACUUUAGAUUUUUUUUUUUCCACCUGGCUUACUGUUCUUCUCCCUGUGUGUGGAAUGUUCUCUUCAAGCAACAUAAAUAAAAGUCUAACUGGAAAAAACAAUUCGGGGGUGGGAGGUUCGAUAAGUGUGGCACUGGUGUGUUCGUUGAAAACAAAAACAAAACAAAAAAUUGCAUUUUUUCAAAAAGGUGAAAAAGAAGUGCUUAAGUUGACAGUAGUUUUAUCAGCGUAAUUGUACACUACUGCAAUACAAGAUGAAUAUAUCUGAAGCCUUCUUACAAGUCUUUAACAGGGGUGUCAAUAAGUGUGCAGGUUCUGUAUGAUGAAAUGUUAUUUGAAUGUGGUAGCAACUAGAGUAAGUGACAUUCCAGCUCAAGCAUCUCAAGAGGGGCUGAGUUAUAUCUACAAUGUAAAAAGGUAGUUAUUUUUGACAACACUGGGAAAACAGCAUGUUGUUACUGUGACAGUAUGGAGCCUUUAAAAAGGCUUAAAAGCUAUUUAUUUUUGUCUAACUGUGUCUGAUUUUUUUGCUAAAUGCAUUGGUGACAAUAAUGCAAUAAAUGCUGUGCAUUUUGA